UCUUUAUUUGUAUUCAUCUGCGUAAAUGAUAUAGCUUCUUUUUUAGAGCAAAAAUUAAAAUUUUUAUUAAAAUCUUGUUGCUAUUUUUCAUUAUGCCUUGAUGAGAGCACCGAUAAUCGGCAUAUAAGUCAAUUGAGCAUUUUUGUUCGAGUCGUGCAAAACGAUUUUUCAUGUGUCGAGGAGCUCUUAGAUUUUAUCUCAUUACAUAAUAGAACGACAGGCGUUGAUAUUUUCAAAGCUGUUAGCCAAACCCUUGAGAAAUUUAAUAUAGAUUUUUCUAAAUGUUCAGCUAUCGUAAUGGAUGGCGCAAAAGCAAUGAUAGGUUCCAAAAAUGGAUUCUUCGGCCAAUUAAAGCAGCGAAAUUUAAAUAUCCCUGUUAUACAUUGUAUUAUACAUCAAGAAGCGUUAUGUGGGAAAGUUGUGAAAUUAUGCAAUGCCAUGCAAACCGUCACAAAAAUUGUUAAUACAAUUAAAGGCGGUCAUAAAUUCCUAUCUCAUCGGAAAUUUCAACUCUUUCUCGAGGAACAUAACGCAACAUAUACAGAUGCGCCUCUGCAUUGCGAAGUUCGGUGGCUUAGUGCAGGAAAAUGUUUAGAAAAGUUCUUUGCAUUGAGAAAAGAGAUCUUCCUUUUCUUACAAGAACAAUGUUCAGCAAAAUAUGAAGAAUUUAAAUUUUUUUUCGAAGACUCGCUUUGCGAACUUGCUCUAAUAACCGACAUGACAAACUACUUGAAUAUUUUAAAUUUAAAGCUGCAAAAGACCGAUCAAAUUAUUUCACAAUUAGUUAGUCAUGUCGAUUCUUUUCGCAGGAAACUGCUAUUAUUUAAAAAUCAUUUACAAAAUAAAUUGCAUUUUUUCCCUUCAUGCCAGAUUCUCUUUGAAGACCACAUAUAUAUUAUCGAAUCCUUAAUCGAUCAAUUUGAUACGCGUUUCAGAGAUCUUGAAAUGCUACGAAAAGAUUUAAUACUUUUCGAGAAUCCUCUCACAGUGCAAAUCGAGGAACAAAGCCUAGAAUUUCAGGCAGAACUUUGCGAUUUGCAGUGUGAUCUUUCUUUAAAGGCGCGAAUAGAAAAAGGAAUCGAAUUCUUCAAAUUAUUAGAUGUGUCAUAUUAUCCACAUCUUAGAAAUUUCGGUCUUCGAAUUUUCUCCAUGUUUGGGUCCACAUAUUUAUGCGAAUGUUCUUUUUCCAAAAUGAAAAUAAUUAAAACUGAAAAACGUUCCUCCUUAAGCGACGCAUCAUUAUCCUCACUGAUGCGAAUUAAUUCUUCUAAAAUUUUUGUGGAUAUCAUCCCUAGUAGAAUCGUAUAAACGACCCAGAAAAUCUAAAUAAAGUUCUUAUUUUUUAAUUAUUUUCUUUCUAUUUUCUCAUAAUAUUGUUUUUCUGCCAAGCCACCGCACUUUUUAUUAUUUUCAGUGGAAUAGGCCUACUGGGGAAACCACUAUG